UUCAAGAUUUUUUCAAACACUAACAGUAAUUCAUCAACUCCUUUUUGAUCAAUUCAUUACUACAAAUUUUGACAAAUCAUUUGUGAAGCUUCAUAGUAUCAUAGUAAGAUUGCUGUGUAUUGUAACUAUGACACGUAAACAAAUUUUGAAAAAAACAAUUUUCAUCGUCAAAAUGUGCGAAAACGUUUCGGAAAAAAUUGCGAAAAAGGGAAAAGAAUUGCGAAGCAAUUUGUUACCCUUAAAGUCAAAAAAUGCAUACGAGAAAGUAUAUGUUUCGUUUCAAGACUGGAAAAAUAAAAACCGCAUCAAGGAAGUAACCGAAGAUGUUAUCUUGGCUUUUUUGGACAUGAGAUCGCAAAAGUUGUCACCUUGUUCUUUAUGGCCAGAAUAUUCAAUGUUAAAGGCCACUCUAAAGGCAAAAGAAAACAUAGAUAUUGAAAAAUUUGGUGCUGUUAUUUCGUAUAUAAAAAAAUUAAAUGUUGGUUAUCGUGGCAAAAAAUCCAACGUUCUGACACGAGAAGAAAUCAAAACGUUCUUGCAAGAAGCUGAUGACGGAGAAUAUUUAUUCGAGAAGGUUGCUUUAAUCUUUGGAAUUGCCGGAGCUUGCAGAAAGGCCGAAUUGUGUGCUAUGAGAUUUGACGAUAUACAAGAUUGUGGUAACGUUCUGAAUAUUGUUAUACCUGGCAGUAAAACCCACAAAGAAAGAAGAUUCAGUGUAGUUAAUGAAGGCUUUGGUGUUAAUACCAUUGAUUUGUAUCGACGUUAUGUUGCUUUACGACCCACAAAUUCACCAUUGAGGUUUUUUUUACACUAUCAUAAAGGUAAAUGUACUCGCCAAAAUGUAGGAAUUAACACCUUUGGAAAAAUUCCCAGAAAAAUUGCAACUUUCCUCAAACUGGAAAAUCCAGCUAAAUACACAGGUCAUUCUUUUCGCCGCAGUUCGGCAACUCUCCUGGUUAACGCAGGCGGAGACUUUACUUCGUUGAAGAGGCAUGGCGGGUGGGAAUCGACCAAGGUGGCAGAAUCUUACAUACAAGAAUCUUUUGGAGAAAGAGUGAAAAUUGCUCAAAAAGUUUUUGGAGAUGAAAAGCUGGCACCGAAUGAAUUAGUUGACAAUGAAAUCGUUAUGGACAAGCCCACGAACCUAAGUUACAGUGAAGCGUGUGGCAGUUCCAGCUUUAGCUCUAGUACUAGCAAGAACACCGCUCAAAAUAUUUAUUUUAAUAAUUGCGCCAAAGAUUUCCAUAAUUAA